GAGAUUGCCGAAUUUCAUUCCAACCCAAGAAUCCUGGCCUCCCAUUCGUCGUGGCCGCGGAAAGUCGACAGCUUUCUCGUCCGCGCAAAGAUGGCAAUCGGUAGUGCUCGAGGUAGCAGGGCAUAGGGAAAUCCACUGAACAGCUUUCUACGAACAAUCGAACGAGCUUUCCUGAUCAAGAUCGGUAAUUUAAGAAGAAUAUUAGCGGUCCGAGGUAAUCGAAGGAGAAUAUUAGCGGUCCGAGAACGCGCCGGAGAUAACGCCGCAUUGCAGAGAGCACGCAUAGUAUCUUUGCGACACGCAUCGGCCUGCUGUGUCGGAUUACAGCAGCCAUGCAAUCCGUGCGCUCCACUCCAGAAAACCCGUCAGCGUCCAAAUCGUGUGGUAGACGCCGCACUACGAAUCGCACCAGAAGGUCCGCCGGCGACGCGGCCUACGCGGCCAUCAGCGCCGCGUUCAGCGGCGGAAUCCGCGGGAUCGUGUCGAGAUUCCGCGACUCGGUGGCGCGUGUAGUAGGGCGAGGUUGUGGGGAAGAUUCCAAGAGAUUACGAUGGACAUGGGGAGCGUGGACAGGAUGGGGGGUGGGCAUGAGCAUGGGAGGCAGAUCGGGAGCAGCGGACUCAUCGUUGCGGCGAACCUGGUGGGGGAGAGGCAGAUCAGCGGCAGUGGCGACUGCGAUGGUGGCAGGCGCGGUGGCAGUGGCGGUUAUCGUGCACUGCUGGAUGGAUAUGCUAGCACAGGAGCAAGUGCGGGUACUGGCAGCGUCAGCAGCGGAGAGCAGCAGCGCCACACUGCGUGAAAUAACCCGACUCACAGCAAGCCUCAAAGAGUACGAGUCCCGUCCCCUGCCGGGCUGCAUUCUAUACGUGGACGAUCGCACCCUCAAUGCCUCCCACAUAACCGGUCCCUGGCCCGUGUCCUCCUCUGCCUCCUCCGAUUCCUCCUCCUCCUCGGAUGGCUCGGAUUCUUACCCGCACAAUUAUAUGGAGGAGAACGGGGAGAACAUGCCGUACUGGGCUGCGUCCAAGAUCGUCAACAGGGCAUAUGCGCGCAAGCACGGGUAUCGAUUUGUUGCCAUGGACCCCUCACGGUACCAGCAAGACCGCCACCCUUCCUGGUUCAAGGUGCUCUUCAUUCAGGAGCAGCUCACGUGCUGCUGCCAGUGGGCGUUCUGCAUCGACUCGGACGCCUACUUCCGCUUCAGCACCCACCAGCUCUCCGUGGAGUCGUGGCUCUCCCAGCUGCAAAUCGAUGGUUACUUUGACUGGAUACCCAAAGACUACGGGGCUAGUCUUGUGAACCAGACCCAUUUCCCCCGCGACCCUGCCACGCUCCUGCUGCCUGAUGAUGGUGACAAGGAUGCAGUCUUUGCCCUCUUCCCGCGCAACGUGGACGACCGUUACUCGCAGUACCCGCAUGCGCGAGCCGAGGCGCUUUUCAACCCGGACCUUGAGUUUAUCAACGCUGGCGUCUCCCUUUGGAGACGCUCCGCUGCAGCUAUUGAGGCUUUGCGCGUGUGGUACAGGGAGCAAGAGGAAAGUGAGUUUCUAUGGCAACACCCAUGGGAGCAGCGUCGCCUUGCUCGGCUGGCUACCUUCUAUCGUAAGAACAUGGUAAUCGUUCCUUUUCUGGAACUCACUGGGCCCGAUGGGCGCAUGGUUCGGCAUUUUUGGAAGGGCAUGGAUAAUCGUGAAGAGGUUCUUAGAUUGGCUGUUCUAGGUUCAGUGGUUGCACAUGAAUUGUAUGAUUGAGUUGAAUGGCUGUAUCAGUUCUAUUAUGUCAAUCGUUGUGGCCG